AUGAUGAAGAUGAGAGAGUUUAUGAGGAUUACGUUGGUGUGUGUGUGCGCUUUCCUUUUGGCAGUGCGUGAGACAAGGUGUGAGGAUGAAGUGUCCGAAGUGGAGGAAGGAGGUGCCCUGAGAGGGGAGGAUCAGAAUGAGCAGAGGAAGGAUUCCAAAGGUCCCAUACCAGGUGGUGGUAGGCGGACGACAACGCAGAGCAGUGCAAACGCAACGAGGGAUUCGCAACUGCUCUCCCUGCUCGCCGCGCGAAGGCGACAGCUUCUCAACGAAAGACUGGCGACGCAUAUCAAUGCACUAGCGUCAUUAGCACAUAAGGCUAACAAAACCAACACAACAUUCGCCCAAUUAGAAGUCCGAGACUCAAAUAACUCUAUAGUGAAGAGGAUAACGUUUGAGAAUUCGAGCAAUGAACCUCCGUCGACAUUGAGGCUUAUAACCUCUGAUGGUUCGAAAGAAAUUCGACAAGACCUAAAACCACACGAAAUAAGACAUAUUUUCGUACCCAGGGUGUAUCAGGACUCGAAGAGCAGAGCAGGUUUUAUGAAUAACAGAAGAAGAGAGGGAAUCAAUAAGUCUGCAACAAUACCUGAACGUCUCGAAAUAACUGAAAGUAGUAUAGUAUACGUCCCACCUGAAAAGUACGAAAACCUGGAUAAAGAUGUUGAGUUAGACCCCGAGGAAGAAUUCCAGGUGGAUGAAUCAAAUCACGGUCUUUAUCUACUCAACUAUUCAGACACAGAGAAUGUAACACAAAACACGAACGUUAAUACAACCGUCAGCGAUGUUAAAAAUAAUGGUACUACGAUCGAAACUACAACGCAAUCUAGCGAAUCUUCUAAAAAUGAAACAUCUGAGAAACCUGUUCAAAAGGAAUCAGAAGAAAAACCAGAAACUAACAUUAUUGCCAACAGCACUGAGAGUAAAAAUACAAAGUUAAUAAAAGUAGACAAUGAAAAGGAAAAUCUCACAAGGUUUAUGACUGAUGAAAUUUACAACCAUUUUAGACCACUUGAAACGGAGUUACCCGUUGAAGAAAUGGCCCCUUUCAAAUAUUUUGGACAAAAAUUAGGAGGGCCGGCUAUAAGUGAUAAUCUUACUAACUCCCCAACACUAUCAGCAUCUACAAAAUCUGUGAAUUUUAUAGUAGCACCAUUGGAGAAAAGAAAGUUCAAUUCAAGAUAUUCAGCUACAGAAAAGUAUAAAAAUACUAGCGUAGACGAAGAAGAAAUUAAUGAAGAUAUGGACGUAUCAGUAGUUAAAAAUGUUAUAGAGAAAAAUAAAAUCAGAAAUACAGUCAAAGGGCCAGCUCCAGCACGCCACGUUGGAUUGGUUAAUGCUUAUAGAAAGUUUUCGACUACUGUUCCACCAACUACAAAAUCACCUAAUAUUGCUCAGCUCAAUGUUACUGAGUCCAUAGUUCAAUAUUCUACGCCUAGUAUUAUAGAUAAAAACAAAGAUAGUAAUAAGAUAAAUGGUACUGCAACCAAUAACUCCGCGUUAAAACUCAAUAGUACUAACACAGCAAAAGACAUUCCAUUAAAUAAAACUAUAACGCCUCCCACUUCGCCAAGAAAUUUUACCAGAAAUUAUUCCAAUAUCAGGCGACGUCCAUUAAGAGUGACACCAGCUAGUACUGAAAUAACUCCAGUACUCAGCACAGCGAUAAUAAAUGCAACUACAACUGAGAAGGCAUCCACGUCUGUUUAUACAGCUGUAGUUACAUCAGUGUCUAUUACUUCUUCCAUGAAAGGGCAGAAUAAAACAGAUGGUAGUUUGAAAGAUGAAGACAAUACUACAGUAUCAGAUAUUUUAGAAGUAACUAAUGGUACUAUCCCAAAAGCAAUCACUAUUAAUGAAACCGAGAGUACGACAGUCAUGCCUUCAAGUUUCAGGCCUAAACACAUAAUUCGAAUAAGAACAACAACAACCGAUAAUCCGAAUCCUACGCCUAUUACGUCAUCUCCUGUAGCCAGCGAAUUAUCUACUAAGUAUGUACCGCUUAUCAAAAAUGAAACUGAAUCAAAGAUAUCUGAAAGAUUGGCUAGUUUAUUCCGACAGAGAAAUAUCGAAAAUGCGACAAACUCGACUAGAACUAAUAAGCAUAGGAGAAGGCGACCUACAACGACUACUUCUACAACUACUACGACUACGACUCCAGAACCAACAUUACAAUCAGCUGAGAGAGUUGCGGAAUCUCCUAUGUCUACCACCCCAACGACGGCCUAUGCUAGUUUCCUCACUUCAACGCUGCCUCCAACUACAACAGCCUUCAAACCAUUUGUAGUAACAUCUCGAACAUCAUCUGAAUCAAGUUCCAAACCAGUAUUAGUUCCAAGCAGUACAACUAGAAAUGACAAAACUGUCAAUAAAACGGCUGGUGAAGGAAUCGAAGUACCUGCAUCACAAAAUGAGGAGGUGGUUAUAGAGGCUGAGAAAACGUAUACCGCGUCAUAUGUUUUAGCUGGUUUAGGAUUUUUACCUGUUGCAGCAAUAGUAGCUUUUGUUCUUAGAAGUAUAUUGAAUAAGAAAACCAAAGAAAUCGAUACGGAGUACGAGGGGUACUUCGAAGAUGGGGAUAUUAAGAAGGAGUCACCUAUCACUCCUGUAGCAAGACCUCCACUGCCCACACCGACGAAGCCUGAUCAGAAAUGGGAGUUCCCAAGAAAUAAGUUACGUCUUCAAACAUUAUUAGGACAAGGGAACUUUGGUCAGGUAUGGAAAGCCGAAGCAGAUGAUCUAAAUGGCCACGAUGGACUGACACGGCUGGUGGCAGUUAAAAGCAUAAAAGAGACAGCCUCGCAGAAGGAGAAGCAGGAACUUCUUCACGAGAUAUACAUCAUGCAGAAGAUAGGAACACAUCCUAACGUUCCCUAUCUUCUAAUAAUGGAGUACGUUAUGUGCGGCAAGCUGCUCACAUACCUGCGCGAGCGUCGGUCUCGACCUGACCGGUUCAGUGGCAGUGGAGCGCUCACGUCCAGGGACCUCACUGUCUUCGCUUACUGCGUGGCAAGAGGGAUGGACUACAUUGCUUCAAAAGGGAUUGUUCAUCGGGAUCUGGCAGCACGUAAUGUGUUAGUGGACCACAACAAGCUGUGUAAGAUCGCAGACUUCGGGAUGUCGAGGUGUGCGGGCUCAGGUGCCAGGCAAGCACGAGGUGCGCUACCCGUGCGUUGGAUGGCGCCCGAAGCUCUGCUUUACAACGUGCACAGCCACCAGACUGAUGUCUGGGCCUUUGGUAUACUGCUGUGGGAGAUCGUCACGCUGGGUUCAACGCCAUAUGCUACGAUGUCAGGCCGUGAAGUGUUAGCAGCAGUCACGGAAGGCUACAGGCUGGAGCGGCCUCCACACUGCAAGCCGCAGCUGUACCGCGCCAUGCACUCGUGCUGGCACGCAGACCCAUCCCAAAGACCCACCUUCGCCGCCCUGAAGUCUCAGCUUGCAGAGCUUCUCGACAAUGAACCUUCAGAAGGAAACUACGUGGACUUGGACUCCUUUUACCAAGAGUCCUCGGUUUACAGCGACCCGUCGGCCAUUAUUAACGAUGAUGAAGGUCUCUCGGCAGAGCUCAGCACCGGUCCAGCGAAAUUUGAGAAUCGAGCAUUCAAUUUCCGCGAUGAAGAGCUACGAAACAAAUUCGGUAUCGGCACACCGCGGAUGGGAGGCUUCGGGAUCAGGGACGUUCCCUUCAAUGAUAGGAACUUCUCCGACGGCGAGUUCAACGAACGAAACUUCCCGCAAGAAAAUUUCAGUGAUACGAAUUUCACUGAACGUAAGGAUGGGAAACUAUCGACUUCUAGUUUUCAUCGAGAGAGGGAGCGAGAGAGGGAGAACCCUUUGGUCAGUAGGAACAGCUUUAAUGGCUUUCCCAGGGUAGGCACUAGGGAUAGGGACAAUCACUUCCAAAUGGCACCUGAUGGGAGAAAUAAGAGGGUAUCAGAAUUUGAAUGUGAUAUAUGAACGCAUCGCCAAGAUUGCGCUUGAUUGCUGCAUAGUAGCACCAAGUGGGUCGUGACUUUAGCGUUACCUGUUGAAGAUAUAAUGGGCAUAGCUUAGUCUUAUAAACUGGUAUUAGUUUCAAAGAGAGGAGGUAAUAGUAAUUUGAUUACUGUGAUCU